AUGGAAAUGCAAGAAUUAUCUAACAAAAAAAUAUCAAAUAAUGAAUCUACAUAUGUUAAAGCUCAUUAUCUUUUUUUUCAUUGCAAAGAUGUCUCUAGGAAUGCAAUAGAACAAGGUAAUUUAAGUAAAGCUUACUUUGAGCUUAUUAACAGUGUUAAUAAAUUUCAUGAAUUUAUGCAAGCAUCUGAUAUUAAUUCCACUGAGAGAAACCAAAUGAGAGCUUGGUAUAUGAAUCUUGUGUUUGAAAGAGAUGAACUUUAUAUGUUCGCCGAAAACAAAAAUAUCAAUCUUUUUGAACAUUAA